AUGAGCUUCUACUUACCAAACCCCAGUUUGUUAGGUAUACUCUUAAUAGUUUCCAGCCAUGGAGGACCACAAUUGAUAUUUAACUAUCCCGAGAUUCUUGGGAUAGAUCCUAUCCAUUCGUCUGACGUAGAAGGAUUGGACAGUACUGAUGAAGAAGAAGAUCAAGAAGACGAAGGAUUACUCGUCGAUGAAUUUAAGGACUACAAUAGCAGCGUUUGGGAUGCAGAUAAUAUGAAGUUUUAUACGGGAACAAAAAAGGAUCUAAUACUGUUCUUAGAUGAUUUGGAAAAACGACGAGAUUUCCAUGGUAAGCAAAGAGAUCAUGAACAGACCAAAUCACAUAGUAAGCCUCUUGAUAGGAGUCACAUUUUUGGAAUUGAGGCAGAUUAUCUCUACGAAAUGCUUUGUCCGCCAAAACAGAUGUGUAAUUCAAGAUUUGAGGUUACUAUUGAUGAUAAAGUGUUUUUAGGUUUCCCGGUGCAUACUCUUGAUGAUGGGUCUUGGAGGCCAUCCUCAAAACGUAAAGGAGAGGCAAAGAAAUCUCCUUUCAAUAUGUUUCACCUAGUCUUUAUAAUGAAUCCUCCAAUCAUAGAAGAGACUUACAGAGUUGAUGAGAUGUUUCAUUUCGUCAUCUCUAGGCUCUCUUUGGUCUUGAGAUAUGAACAGCUGAAGCAUGAUUAUGUUUCAGAUCAGGUAAAGCUUAUAUUAAAUUUGAAAGAGCAGUACAAAGCUGACGGUGAUCUCCUACCAAAGUUACUUGAAGAAUCUUCACUUUGCAAGGCUAUUUACGACUGUUACAAUGCCAUAUCGCAAUCUAAAAUUGCAAACUUGACUAUAAAUGGUUGUUUGAGGUCUUUGCAAAUUCCAAUAAAGAACGAAUUCCAUUCUCUUCCUGAGUUGACGUCCCCAUACUUGCCAGGUUCGUACCUAUCUACAACGUUCAAUUUUUUGGGAAGUGCUUAUUUAAGUGAUAAUGAUUCUUCAAAAUCUGAUGCUAAUAACCAAUCCAGUCUGGCAAACGAUAUAGAUGAUUCCAAUAAUUCUCAUCAAGAUAUAAUCUACUUUGCAUUACUUCUUUUGGAUGACCCAGAGAGUAUAAUUAUCGAUAUUCAAACUGAUUCCAAUAGUGCCUUAGCGAAUUUCAUUCGUAUGAUCAAACCAACCGAAUCGUUGCUUAAAUUGUCGAUGAGGAAAUCGGCGUUGAACCAAAAUCAGAUUACAUCCUUUGCAUUCCAUUUGAUUUAUUGGAGAAGAGCCCGAAUAAUUCAGCCACUAAGUACGAGGUCAGUAUACAUUGUAUCGCCUAUGGCUCCGAUAACGAUCAAUUUGUUUGAUGAUAUUAAAAAAUUCAGAAGUGAUUUCCCAACUCUUCCUUCGCUCCCUCACUUCUUGAAGUUACUAUCAUCAAGUUCAAGAAAGCCGAAACAGUUUGCGACCAUCAUUCCUUCCAAAGACCAUCGGGAUAUGUAUUUGAAUGCGCUCGGGUGGCUCAUUAGAUAUGGAUACGUAACUCAAUUACAAACGUUUAUUUGGUUGAAAAUAUCAAAAAAAAUCAAAAUCAAUGUCGAAGAAGAGCUUGAAAACGAAACUGCUGAUAGAAAUAGACUGACUACAACUAAGAAAAUCAUAUUAGGUACAGACAAUACGUCAAAGAAUCAGCAGAAACCUAUUGCCAAGACUGACAGUUUGAACGACGAAGAGAUAAAGAAAUUGGAGCUGUCACUUAAAUUCUUAUCGGGGGGUCCUAAUAUAGUCUUGGAAGAAGAAGAUGAUACUAUACUUAUAGAUCCAGGUCGAGCUACCACUCUUGAGCGUAGAUGGAUCAACAAGAUUAUAUUUGAUGAAUGUAAAUUAUCGAAUGAGCUCAUUGCAAUAUUCUAUAAGUUGAUGAAGUACAUGAACGGAAAAAACUCGUUGGAAUUACUUUUGCUAAAAGAAAACAUUUCCAGGACUGAACUACGGAAAUUACUACUUGCCAUCGAAGAUCAUAUUGUCUCAGUCAGACAUUGGUGA